AUGGAGGCGGCGGAGGCAGUGGCGGGGGACGGGGAGGGCCCGGCGGCCUCGCACGAGCGCCUCGUGGCCUACGUGCACGCCGUGAACGGAGACCCCGCGCCGCGCGCCGGCGUGUGGCGCGAGCAUUCGUACGCAGCGGGGACCGCGGGGGGCGCGGCGGGGGCGGGGGGCGCGCGCGACGCCAACACGCGCACGCUGCUGGUCCCCGCGCCGCCGCCCGCGCCCGCCGAGCUGGACGUGGAGGGGGUGGAGCCCGCGCCGCCGCCGCCCGACCCCGCGCCGCCCUACGAGUGCGGGGAGCCACUGGACGAGGGCGCGGAGGAGGCGUGGGAGGCGCGGCUGGAGGCGGGCGCGCGCGGGGCGGCGGCGCGGCGGCUGGCGGGCGCGGCCGUGGCGGCGCUGCGGGCGCUGCGCCUGGCGCGGCUGGCGGGGGCGGGCGGCGCGCGGGCGGCGGUGCGCGCGGCGGCACGGCGGCUGCGGCGCGCGCUGGCCCCGCACUGGGCGGGCGGGGACGCGGCGUGGCUGCACGGCGCGCUGCUGGCCGCGCUGCCCCCCCGCUGGCGCGCGCUGUACCUGGAGGUGGUGGCGGAGCUGCGGCGCGCGCUGCCGGCGCUGGUGCUGCGGCUGAAGGACCCGGCGCUGCCCCCCGCGGCGCCCGCGCCCGCCCCGCGCGCGCCGCCCGCCUGCAUGCCCAUGUCGUCGCGCCCGCUGCUGCUGUGGCUGGGCGGCGGCCGCCCGCGCCUGGACGCGCGCUGGGAGCGCCGUCUGCGCGCGCUCGUGCCCACGCACUACAUCCGACUGCCCAACCCGGGCGGCGCGCGGCUGGCGCUGGGCGGCGCGGGCGCGGGCGCGGCGCUGGCGCUGCAGCUGGCGGGGGGCGCAGGGGGCGCGCGGCCGGGGGCGCUGCUGCUGCUGGCGCCGCCGCUGCUCACGGCCGAGGGGCUGCGCCACGACCCCGACGACCCCUUCAUGCAGCUGCGUAUCCCGACGCUGGUGGUGGUGGGCGGCGCGGCGGGCGGCGCGUGGCGCGGGGCGGGCGGGGGCGGGGGCGGGGUGCGGCGCGUGCUGCUGGGCGGCGCGGACCAGCUGCUCCGCGUGCCGGCGCGGCUGCGGCGCGCGCACAAGCUGCCGCAGUACGCCAUCGACGCCGCCGUCGCCGACGAGUGUGCGCGCUGGCUGCUGGAGGUGUGCGAGGCGGGCGCGGAGUCCCCCGACCCCCCGUCCCCGCCCCCCGCGCCCCCCGCGCCCGCCGACCCCGCGCCCCAAGUCACUCACACACAUAAGAGACAUCGAAAAGUUUCGGAGAAUUCAGACGAAGAGUACGCUCACCUGCCUGCGACGCGGCCCCCGCCCCCCGCCGUGCGCCCCCCGGCCCCCGCCGCGCGCCCCCCGGCCCCCGCGAGGCCCCCGGCCCCGAGAGUGCCGCACAAAGGGUCAAAUCGGGCAAUAGAGAUAGUCGAGGGGCGCGUGGUGUCGCGCGUGGUGGGGCGCACGCCGCUGGCGCUGUUGCCGCCCCCGCGCCGCGCCCCCGCCCCCGCGCCCGCCCCCGCCGACAUCAUGAGCAUGCCCAUUGUGUUCGCGGACGACGACGACGCGGCCGCGCUGGCCCCCGCCCCCGCCCCCGCCCCGGCCCCCGCCCCCGCCCCCGCGCCCGACGUGAAGGGCGCGCCCUCCGCCGUCACGGUGAAGAGCGGCGGCGGCGCGGGGGGCGCGGGGGGCGGGGGGCUGCAGUACAGCAAGGUGAUCGUGGCGUCGCGCGGCGGCGGCGGCGGGGGCGGGGGCGGCGCGCGCGGGGCAGGGGGGCGGCCCAUCGUGGUGCGCGGGGGGGUGCGGCUGGUGCGCGCGCGCCCCGCCGACGCCGCCGACCACUGACCACCCCCGGCCU